CCUUUUUGAUGCCAAAGACUUGCAGAUAUCCAGCUCUCAUUUUUUCCCACUGUGGCACACAUCUAAACACAUGCAGCAGCAGUUAACGACGCUCGUUUUUACGGUUUUAAGCCGAGUAAACCACGUGGGACAUGUUACAGUCGACGGCUUCACUGAACGUGCAUACAAUCAGAGAGAGAGUGUACCAGGAAGAGAGACACAAGCAGGACUACGCUGAAAGAACAAUGGGAGUAGACGUCCAGACUAUAAAACCAGGAGAUGGGGAGACUUUUCCGAAGAAAGGAAACAUGGUUGCCGUGCACUAUGUCGGCACGCUGACAAAUGGGAAGCAGUUUGACUCCUCUAGGGAACGGGGAAAGCCCUUCGAGUUCAAACUGGGUGCAGGUGAAGUCAUUCGUGGUUGGGAUGAAGGUGUAGCUAAGAUGAGCCUCGGUCAGGUGGCCAAGCUGACCUGCACGCCGGACUUUGCGUAUGGCAGCAGAGGAUAUCCACCCAUCAUCCCUGCAAAUUCCACUCUUAUCUUUGAAGUGGAACUUCUGAAAUGCUGUGUUUAAAUUGAAAAUUGCUUUUUUUUGUUUUUUGUUUUUGUUUUUUUCCUCCAUUCCACAUUUGACACAAAUAACUAUGAUCAAAGGUGCUGACAUAAUCAUUAAUAAACAUCAAUUAAUUUUAGAAAUAUUUCUGAUAUUUGAGAUAAGUGAGACCAUGCAAAUACAAGUCUUAGUUUAGAUGCUGAGAUGAUGAAGUCUCUAAAAUUUAAGUAGCACUACAAUUUGGGGAAAUACUUGUACCUUUCUUGCUGAGAGUCAGAUAAGAUCAGUUAUACUCUUCUAUCUGUCCAAUAAAUAUGAAAAAUGCAAAUAAAUAAAUAUGAAAGACCUUAAUCCUGUCAUGCCUCUGUUCAAAGGGAUUAAAAAUCCACCUGUUAGCACCUUUUUUUUGGGGGGGGGGGGGGUCCAGUCAUAUGCUGAGGCCAGUGCUUUACCUCAUAAUUCUAGAGAUUAUUUCAAUGACUUUCCUUUGACUGCGGUCCACCUCUCCAAUCAUUUGACCAAUAAUUUUUUUGUAAUCCUUCUGUGAAAUUGCACUAAAAGUUCCACUAAAAUUAUAGACCUAGAGGUGCUUCUAAAUGGAUUUAGUAACCUUUAAAUGGUAGCUGGAACCUUUACCAAGUGCAUAUGAACAAUAUUGAUCUCAUCUCACUUUGUGUAGAAAGACACCAAAACAAAAAAAAAAAAAAAAACCUCUUUAAUGGGUUUUGAAUGAAUUUAUACUCUGGCAUUGGGGGAAAAAAAUCACAAAGGAUCUGAUUUCUGAAGCUGGUCAGUUUAAGUAAGUAACCUGAUUUGACAAUUUAAUGCAGCUGUAGAUGUUAAAGUGAACUUUAAGAAUUUAUUUUGCCUUUUUGCCACUUGCCUGUUAAAUCAUUAAAAGUUACCUGGUAAUUCUUUAUAUGUUAACUAUUAGACAACUCAAAGGGCACAUUGUAAAUUCACUAAGAGCAAAAAAACAAAAGUUACAUUAGAAACAGUGGCACUGGAUACCACUGGUGCUUUUUUAGGAAAUUUCUUAUUUGUUCAAGUGUUUUAAAAGUAGUGUUGGAAUCACUAUCAAAAAUGCACAUGUAACACUUUUAAUGAACUUUUUUUCUUAGUAAAUUUAUCCCUUCAAGAAAAUGUUGCUUUGACAGCUUAAAUUACUUAGAAAAUGUAAAGCUCUUUGUAUGUUUGGAAACGAUAAUACGUGAUGGUUUACUCAUUUUCAAACCUACAACCUGCCGUUUUAUAGUAUUGGUUGUAUUUUGUUCCUUAAACAUUUCUUCUGAGUCCUUUUGAAAUUAUAGUGUCCUUGUCUGAUGUCAUAAUAGUCACAUCAUUGGUAAUGUGUUUUUAUUUUUUUUCCUUCACUGUAUCAUCAGUUGGAAUUUAUUAUCUUUGGGAACUCCAUUCUUGAAUUAAAAGUGUAAACUCUAAA